CAGUGGUUGACUCAAUUCGCCCACAGGAGAAGCUUGGGUAUGUCACCCACACAGUAAAACUACCCACCUUCCGUGAAGACUCUGCUCCGAAUAAAAGAAGAACUCCAACGGGCUUUUCGCUCACAGACACAAGUCCGUUUCCUUCUCCGGCUCGCCAAAAGUCUCCGUUGGGUCCAAACUCAGUUCAACGAAAAUGGCCAAUGCAGCCUCUGGGAUAGCUGUGCAUGACGAAUGCAAGUUGAAGUUCUUGGAAUUGAAAGCGAAAAGGACUUAUCGUUACAUUGUUUUCAAAAUUGGGGAUCCCACUAUUGAAAAAGUUCUCGAGCCUACAAAAAGCAAGAUUGAGGUGGAGGAGGUAGUUGUUGAAAAGGUUGGUGAGCCAACCAAAAGCAAUGCCGAGGAGAAGGUUGUUGUGGAAAAGGCCACUGAGCCAACCAAAAGAAAGAUUGAGAAGAAGGACAAGGUGAUUGUCGAAAAGCUUGGGGAGCCAGCAGCCAGCUAUGAGGACUUCACUGCCAGCCUCCCUGAUGAUGAAUGCCGAUAUGCUGUUUAUGACUUUGAUUUUGUGACAGCAGAGAGUUGCCAGAAAAGCAAGAUUUUCUUCAUAGCAUGGUCUCCUGACUCAGCAAGGGUUAGGAACAAGAUGAUAUAUGCAAGUACCAAAGACAGAUUCAAGAGGGAGUUGGAUGGCAUUCAGGUGGAACUUCAAGCCACCGAUCCAACCGAAAUGGACCUUGACGUCCUUAAAAGCCGUGCUAACUAAGUGUUGUUCUUCCAGAUCAAUAGACUUCCUAGUUCCUACUGAUAGAACUCGGUGCAGUCUUCUUUCUUCUUUUACUUGGUCGAAUGUUUUUAUGGUUUGUUAAAACAGAAACUUGGGUGGCGAUAAUAUUGAUUGUCAAGUGCUGCCAUUACGGUCCUCUAUUUAUUUCGGCGAACAAAUAUGUGGUGUCUGGUAUAUGAGUCGAUUCGAAAUUCACUUGGUGUGAAAUUUGGUUGUGUUUGUUAUUUUUGUUGCCUUUGAACUUCAUAUAUUGGUAUUUUUCACUUUGCUCUACUCUCUCUUGUGACCAGCAUUUUGAAUGUUUUGUUUUGUUGCUGGAAUUGAAGUCCUGCCUGGGUGCGAAACAUUUUGUUAGAAAUGCGUAGCAGCUUCAUUAUUUUGUUGCUUGAGGGAAAGAUUUGAUUUACAUGUUGGAGUGUCAAUACAAGAAAUAUUGGGUCAACCAUACAGGGCAAAUGUCUGAUCAAUUCAGAUAAGAGGUCUUAACCAUUCAGACUCUGUAUAAUACUUAACCAUUCAGAGGCAAAUCUCUUAACCAUUCAGACAUCUGAACCAUUAAGAGGCUGAAACAAACAGUCUGAACCAUU